AUGGAAAGGGUCCUGGAGCUCAGCCUGAACCACUGCAUGGCCGCCUUGUUCCUGUUGGCGCAGCUGGCCCUCUUGGCCCGGGCGCAGUACGAGCAGUGGCCCCACAGACCCGCGCACCAGCCCCAGCAGGACCCAGCCCCAGCUCACACCCCCAAGAUCCAGCUGCGCUUGGUGGGGCAGAAGCGGAAGCACAACGAAGGGCGGUUGGAGGUCUUCUACCAGUCCGAGUGGGGCACCGUCUGUGAUGACGAUUUCUCCCUCUACUCCGCCCACGUGGCCUGUCGGGAGAUGGGCUACGAAGAGGCCGUAUCCUGGUUUCCUGGUUCCAAAUACGGCAAAGGAGAAGGCAAAAUCUGGCUGGACAAUGUCCACUGUACAGGCAGAGAAGCAACCCUGGCCGCCUGUGGCUCAAAUGGGUGGGGUGUGUCGGACUGCAAGCACACCGAGGACGUGGGCGUGAUCUGCAGCGAGCAGCGCAUCCCUGGCUUCAAACUGGACGACUCUCUGCCCAACCAAAUUGAGCAAAUGAACGUUCAUGUGGAAGAUGUCCGGAUACGGCCCAUCCUUUCUGCCUCCCGCAAGCGGAUUCCCAUCACGGAGGGCUACGUGGAGUUGAAAGAAAGAGGCAGCUGGAAGCAAAUCUGUGACAAAAACUGGAACAUCAGGAAUACUCGUGUGAUCUGUGGCAUGUUUGGGUUUCCAGCUGACAAGAAAUACAAUGUCAAAGUCUACAGGAUGGUGGCAAACAGAAGGAAGCACAGGUAUUGGGCCUACUCCAUGGACUGCACGGGCACAGAGGCACACAUCGCCAGCUGCAAACUGGGCGGUCGCAUCAGCAAAGCUCGGGGAAACAUCACAUGUGAGAACGGGAUGCCAGUCGUGGUGAGCUGCACCCCCGGACGUGCCUUCGCCCCCAGCAGCCACAGCGGCUUCCAAAAGGCUUUCCGGGCGGAGCACCCCCUGGUGAGGCUCAAGGGUGGAGCCAAGACUGGAGAAGGUCGCGUCGAAGUCCUGAUGAAUGGGGAGUGGGGAACGGUUUGCGACGACCAGUGGAGCCUUGCUGCAGCCAGCGUGGUCUGCCGAGAGCUGGGCUUUGGGUCCGCUAAGGAGGCGAUCACAGGAGCUCGGCUUGGGCAAGGUAUUGGCCCCAUUCAUCUCAAUGAAAUAGAUUGCACGGGUUCUGAAAAGUCCAUCACAGACUGUAAGUUCAACACUCAGAUAAGGAGCUGUACCCAUGAGCAAGAUGCCUGCGUCAGGUGCAAUAUUCCAGCUAUGGGUUUCCAAAACCAGGUGCGACUGAGUGGGGGACGCACACCCUAUGAAGGGCGGGUGGAAAUCCUUCGGGAGCAGAACGGCUCUCUUGUGUGGGGGACAAUCUGCAGUGAAAGGUGGACCAUAAUCGAAGCCAUGGUGAUAUGCCGCCAGCUGGGCCUCGGGUACGCGGACCACGCUUUCCAGGAGACCUGGUACUGGUACGGGGAAGUCAGCAUCAACAACGUCGUCAUGAGCGGGGUGAAAUGCUCCGGAACGGAGAUGGCCAUCUCGCACUGCCAGCACGACACUCAAAUAUCCUGCCCCCGGGGAGGCGGGCGCUACGCCGCUGGUGUUUCCUGCACUGACACUGCAGCGGAUCUUGUCCUCAACGCCAGGGAGGUGGAGAAGACGUCCUACCUAGAGGACCGCCCGAUGAGCCUGCUGCAGUGUGCCCUGGAGGAGAACUGCCUGGCCUCCUCAGCCGUCAACACGUCCAUUACCCACGGCUACAGGAGGCUCCUGCGUUUCUCCUCCCAGAUCCACAACAACGGGCAGUCUGACUUCCGCCCCAAAAGCGGGCGCCACGCCUGGAUAUGGCACGACUGUCACAGACACUACCACAGCAUGGAGGUGUUCACACAUUAUGAUCUCCUGGAUCUCAAUGGGACCAAAGUGGCUGAAGGUCACAAGGCCAGCUUUUGCCUGGAAGACAGUGAAUGCCUCGAAGGUGUCUCAAAGCAGUACGAGUGUGCCAAUUUUGGGGAGCAAGGGAUCACAGUUGGAUGCUUUGAUGUAUAUCGGCAUGAUAUUGACUGCCAGUGGAUUGACGUCACGGAUCUCAAACCAGGAGACUACCUCUUCCGGAUAAUUGUCAACCCGAACUUUGAAGUGGCAGAGUCUGACUUUUCCAACAAUGUCAUGAAAUGCAACUGCAAAUACGAAGUCCAUCGCAUUUGGAUGUACAAUUGCCAUAUAGCCGACUCCUUCAGUGAAGCAUGGGAAGAGAAGUUUGAUCACUUCAAAGGACUUAUGAACAACCAGGUAUCUUAACUUCCACCCUCCUAUUUAAGGAAGAAGAAAUCCCACCAUUUUCCUAACCACUGCUCAGAAAACUAAAAGCAAUCAAGCAACCAACCGUGAACUUUAAAAAUUAGCUUUGUAAGUUAUUUUCAAGGGUGUGCUCCAUGCCUACUUUAUGGUGUUCAGCAGCAGCAGUAGGGCUGGCUUUUACUUCACAUAUCGUCUCGCAGGAGGGGAGGUUUUGCACAUGCCAGAAGACUUUCCUGCCCUCAGCAUACGCCCUAACUUAUUCCAGCCUUUGUCCACCGUGACAUACAAAGGCCGUACCCACCUGGCUGACAACCUUCCUAAGGAAAGGAUAUCUGAUGCUCGGAAUGUUUCUGAAAGGACCUUCUUUCUUGGUCUUCACCUUCUGCUCGCUAAGAUUUGAAAAUCUGGCUCUACACCACUGAUGCAGAACAGAAGCCUGUCAUGACACGCAGCCAUCUUGAGAAGAUGCAUUUCCUGUCCCGUCACAUAUUCUGAGAGCAUAUUCUGAGAGUUCGUUCUGAUGGAAAGGUUCCACAUACCACGCUGGAAAAACAUCUGCCCAGCCAUUCCCGACGUCUCAGUUUUGAAAAUCAUGACAAGUCUUUUUCUCAACACAAUAAGCUGUUCAGCACCUGCCUUUUACUCUGAUCCAGGCCUUCCUUUAACUCUUCCUGGCCCAGCUUUAACCCUGUACUCAAUACUGCACAUGUCAUCAAAGGUACUCUGUAAAAAGGCUAAUAUAUGGAUCUUAUACCAUCAAGACCCCCACCCUUCCUGCACACGUUUAGACUGUCCCAUGGUAUCUUCAGGGGGCAGUCAAGGUCCAUAUAUUAGUGAACAACUAAUGGUGCUAAAAACCGUGCCCCUGUUCCUUUCAGGACAUGCAUUGCCACAGAAGCCCCCCUCCCCAUCCUUGUUGGCGUGUCCGCGUUUUUGUCCCGGAAGGGUUGAUGCCAUUUGCCCAUUUCCAGUGAAGAAAACCAAGUGGUGCUCUUCCCCUCCCCAUUCGCCUUCUGCAGUGUGUCUGAGACUGGAAAGCAGACCUCGUUAAGACCGGCUGCGAAGUCUAGCCUGGCAUUCUGCCUCCAAAAGGCACCAGACGGAUGCUGCUGGAUGCUCAGAAAACGGGACGUGUAAAGGAGAGGCUUUCCCUACUGUUUGACUUAAGUACCUAAUAAUCAGAGGUACACUGCCUGUGUCCGUGGAGGUUCUAUUGAAUGCCAUGGUUACAGCCAGUGCCAGGCCAGGCUUCUAAUGACAUUGGUACUAUGGGUGAAGGGAUACCUAAAGCUUAGGCAAAGAGCACAAAAAUCAGUUUGGGGGUUUCCCUCUCUUUAGAACUUACUCCUUACCUACUCUUGUAACGUGUGAUGAAGAAAGAAGAAAAGCCUGCCCCAACUGGAGAAAUGAACUAUAUACCCACACGUGGUGCUAAUGAAGUCGCAUCGUCCCGUUGGAGAAGUUAAGCAAGCCGAGCUCACACCUCUUCUCGCUCAGGAACUCUGUGAAUGUCUUACAGUGACCCAUUAUGUUGCACCCUCCGUUCCGAUCUCCAACACGGGAGCAAGCAAAACCAGACAAGUUUGUUUGGAGGCUGCAUAGGAGGGGGAUUAUAAAAGACACUUUGCACAACUAAAAAUGCUGGAUGAAUAAGGAUUGUGCUUACCCUCGGUAGCUUUUUUGCAGUAAUGCACAAGACAACGUUCAGUGUCUGUUCUCUUUUAUACCAUGGAUAACCUACCUCGCAGGGCUGUUGUGAGACGAACGGCCAAUUCACAUAAACCACGCUUGGGCGGGCUGCUUUCUCGUUCAGCACGUGGCAGCGGGUGUCAUCGGGCUCCAAUCUGGCGGUCUGGCACGUCACCAGCAGCCAUAUGGCGGCAACACACAAACCCAGCAGGUGCGAGCGUGAUCAACAAGGCAAAGGGUGGGCCGGCCGCGAGCCUGCAAGUGUAGGGGUGCUGCACUGAACUGCAGGGGGCGCCGCAGCUCUCCCUCGGUGCAGAGCAGCAGCCAGGGCAGGAGGUUUGCCAACCGCGGGCGGGAGUAGCCAAACGUCCAGAGGUGGUCCUUCUGAAGACCAACUCCAGAUGUGCGGCUCCUGUGCUAGAAUACCACUGAGAGGAAUAAAAGUGCUUUGUUCAGAGCCCUGCUGUCUACCAGAAUGCCAGCCAGGGUCGCAGGGUCCUUUCCAGCCUUCCCCAACCUUGGGUUCCCCAGAUAUUGUUGGACUGUCCCCCUCAACCAGCGGCCACAUCAGCUAGGGAUGACAGCAGCUGUGGCCCAGCAACAUCUGGGGAUGUGAAUUUGUGAAAGGCUGAGCUGCAGAAUUCCACCCAAGGCCUGCCUUCCAUGCUGGACUUUGCCAGAAGCUUUGCUCCCUUUGGGAAGGGGCAAGGCAGGUUCCCGCAGGGAUGCACAGCAGAGCGGGAGCUGUUCCACCAAAGGUGCUCUCCAGGUUGUCCCGGCAAUGCAGGGCUCCCUUCUACAGGACUGUGAUUUCAGGUACCAGUAUCUAAAAGCCUCUGGACUCUAGAAGUCCAUCGGGGUUGGCAGUCACCCAGCUUUCCUCUGCUGCUUCAGCCCCAAGCAGCCCCGGUCACAAUGUAUUUGAGCAGCACUCCUGCCAUCCGAGGCAACGUGUCCGUUUCUGGGACACAUCCCUAGCUCACCGGAACACAGGGACACAUCGGCUGGGUCAGACCAUCAGUGCUCCAGCCGCUCUCUAGGGCUUCCGGUUAGGUUCUUUCCAGCACACCUGGAACAGCCGGGAACUGCACCUGAGGCCUUCUGCAUGCAAGGAUUCUGCUCUACUACCAAGGCGUGGUCCUUCCCCAGCACACCGUUCAGUCCAGUGCUGGAACUGGAGGCUUGAAGCAUGGACUGUGUUCUUACCUCCUGGGAGCUGGCAUGGCCAACUGCCCCGUAUUUGCCGUGUGUCCUUACGUGACCUCACUCAAGUGGCAGCCAUCCACCAGGUCCAGCUAGACAGGUUUAACCGUAUUAAGAGCAAUGCAAUUAGACAUGCGUCCUCCUGUCCAGGGCUGGAUGCUCAGGUUGCCCUGUCCAUUCCUAGACGGGUUAGUGUGAGCCAGGGUUUCCCAGAAAUUUAGUUCUCAAACUUUGCCAUAAUCCCAGCUCAGAGUCCUGGAAUGGGCAAGGGAGGCGGGAAACACCACACCUGAGCAUCACAAACCACCAUUUCCAUGCCACUGGAAAAUCACAGCCAAUUUCCACAAAUCUGGGAUCAGCGGCAAGGGUGCCAGGUGGCUUGCAUCCACCUUUCUUGGGGUUGGGGGGGUGUUGCAGGGUUAACAACAGAAAUAUGGGAAACUAGCAGUAGUCAACCUCUCUCACCAGGAGAACAAGCCUCAGAUUCUGGAAGGAGUCCUGACCCUGAUUUUCUUAAGUAAGCAAGGGAAAAAUGCAAUUUAGUUGUGAAAAUGCUGUGGGCUAAAGAGGAUUUGCAAUACCACCAUGCAUAAUGGUUUGUGUGUUAACAGCUUUAAUUGUGGAAUGAAAACCAAAAAGAUCCUUACAAACUUCAGUAAACAAGAUGUUGACUCCGG